GGCACCAUCUCUCAUGGAUUUAUUAAUGUAUAUAUGUACAUGUUAUAUUUAUAACAUGACUAGUUAGCAGCUUCUUUCUUCAUGCCCGUCACUUUUUCAAAACUUUCACCUUCUUUUUCAUAUUAAAACAUCAUCGAUCCAUGGGAAGAAAACCUUGCUGUGAUAAGAUUGGGUUGAAGAAAGGUUCAUGGACUAUAGAAGAAGACCGAAAGCUUACAACUUUCAUUCUCAACAAUGGCAUUCAUUGCUGGAGGCUUGUUCCUAAACUUGCAGAUUUGAGGAGAUGUGGAAAGAGUUGUAGAUUAAGAUGGAUGAAUUAUCUGAGACCGGGUCUGAAAAGGGAAGCCAUAUCAGAAGAAGAAGAAGCUAAAUUAACCCAACUCCAGUCUUGUCUCGGUAACAGGUGGUCCAAGAUUGCCGCACAUUUUCCAGGUCGUACGGACAAUGAGAUAAAAAACCACUGGAACAAGAUCAAGAAAAGAGUAGUAGUAGUGUACCCUGAUGAUGUUGAACAGAGCCAAAAGUCCAUUAAUAAUACACUAGAGCACCAUGUUGAUCAGGAAAAAACUAUGGAGGGUAAGUCCAAGGAUGAUGAUGGUGGUGGUGGUAAUGGUGAUCAUCAUGAUAUGUCAAACAUUAUUGCAGAAAAUAAUAAUGGAGGUGAUGGGAAUACUAAUAUUAUUAAUAUGUGUGGCUACUCAGUGUCAAUGAGUGACAACACCAGUAGUGUAAUAUUCCAGGAUGAGGCACAAUCACAAAAAAGCUGGUCUGAGAUACAAGUUGAUUAUUCUUCUUCUUCCAAUACUACUACUUUUCCUGUACAAAUCCCAGACUCUCUUUCCGAUAAAGAAUUCCAUUAUUGGAUCGAGAAUAGUCUUGAACCCAUUCUGUCCUGGGAUAACUUAUUUUAGUCACAAUCUUAAUUUAUUAGUGUGUAUAUUCCACCUGUAAAUUAAUAUAUGCCUCUGUCA